AGCUGUAUUGUGUAUAUUUUUCUAUUCAGCCACUAAGUAUUUUUCUACUUGACUAAUGGUGACCUUGGAUCUGUAGAGGCUUUUAUAGUGAGGUUUGUUAGCAUUUGGUAAACGUUUUGACAUUUCUACGCUAGUCUACCAUUGCUGCUUCAACUAAUGCAAAAGGACACCCUUUACAAAAAGGCUAUGAGCAUAGCACAAAAUAAUUAGCACAAGGGUGUCAUCAAAAGAGAAAGCUCAUUGGUCAAAAGGCUAAUCUUCUCUCCACAUUCAUGGGUUUGGUUUUAUGCACACCAUUAUAGUUCUAUUUAUGUCUAAACCAUAUUAGCAGCAAGCAAAUGAUCCCCUUUGUGGGUAAGGAAAUUUUUUUCUGCUGAAAUGCCGCAAGUCAAAUCAAGUCAAGUCUUGGAAUCUAGUUUGUAGACUCUCUUGGCUAAUUUGGUAUCUGGGCUAUAUAGUGUCUCUGGCUCGUUACAUUAUUCAAGUGUUCUCUUUUAGAGCUCUUGCUUGUUAUGUUCCCUGGCAUGGGGCUUGAAGGGUUGGUUCCAAAGCACAAGCGUUCAAAGAGCUUUCCUGAUAAGAAAAAAGUUGAGGACGAUAAUUACCUGGAGGCCUCAGAUCAAACAAAGCUGGAUACAGGGUACCUCACGGAAUGUGGUAAACAUAGGAAAUAUCAAACCCCUACAAAUGAUGUUCAACAUACUCUGAAGCAAGAGAUUCUACAAUUAGAAAAAAGACUACAAGACCAAUUUAAGGUCAGGUGCACGUUAGAAAAGGCACUUGGAUAUAGACCUACAUCUCUUGUUAAUUCAUACGACAUGAUACUGCCCAAGCCAACCACCGAAUUAAUUAAAGAAAUUGCAGUCUUAGAGUUAGAAGUUGUGUAUUUGGAACAACAUCUUCUCUCCUUGUAUCGUAAAGCAUUUGAUCAACAAUUACCCUCUGUAGCAUUAUCUCCAUCCACCAAGGAGGAAAAAGUAAAGUCUCCUCUGACAACACCUAGAGCUAGAUUCAUUGAAGUUUCUAAGCCUGAGUUCUUGACCCAAAGAGGAUGCUCUGCAGUACAAUCUAUUGAUCAUGAGCCUGAUACUCUGCAAAAGGAAAAUAAUGGAUGCGAACUUGAGACUGUUGGGAAAGAAUACAAUUUACAUCAGCCAGAAGGAAAGCAUUUAGACUCUGGUGUAUAUCGUUGCCACUCCUCAUUAUCCAGUUCAACAUUUACAGCAAGAGUAUCUCCUACGGCAGAAGUAUUAACUGAAUCUCUGCGUGCCUGUCAUUCCCAACCAUUGUCCAUGAUGGAGUAUGCCCAAAAUGUUGAUGCGUCAUCAAGAAUAAUCAGUCUGGCAGAACAUCUUGGUACCCGUAUAUCUGAUCAUAUUCCAGAUACACCUAACAGGCUUUCUGAGGAUAUGGUCAAGUGUAUAUCAGCUAUAUAUUGCAAAAUUGCAGAUCCACCUACCACAAAUCCUGGUCUGUCAUCUCCUAGUUCAUCAUUGUCAUCAACGAGUGCCUUUUCUAUUGGAGAGCAAGGAGACAUGUGGAGUCCAGGUUUCAAGAAUAAUUCCUCUUUUGAUGUAAGGUUAGACAAUCCUUUCCAUGUGGAAGGACUCAAGGAAUUUAGUGGGCCAUACAGCACUAUGGUUGAGGUAUCAUGGAUUUACCGAGAGAGUCAGAAAUUGGGUGAUACUGAGCGGUUGCUCCAGAACUUUAGGUCACUGAUUUGUCAAUUAGAAGAAGUUGAUCCUGGGAAGCUGAAACAGGAGGAGAAGUUGGCUUUCUGGAUCAACAUACACAAUGCUUUGGUGAUGCAUGCAUUUUUGGCUUAUGGAAUUCCACAAAACAGUGUGAAAAGAGUCUUUCUUUUGUUGAAGGCAGCGUAUAAUAUUGGGGGUCAUACAAUCAGUGCGGACACAAUACAGAGCACCAUACUUGGGUGCCGGAUGUCUCGCCCUGGACAGUGGUUCCGCUUGUUCUUUUCUCCAAGAACAAAAUUCAGAGCUGGUGAUGGACGACAAGCAUAUGCAAUCGAGCAUCCUGAGCCUCUUCUACACUUUGCACUCUGUUCAGGAAACCAUUCUGAUCCAGCAAUACGUGUAUAUACACCUAAAAGAGUGUUUCAAGAGCUAGAAGUUGCAAAGGAAGAGUACAUUCGAGCUACAUUUGGGGUGCGCAAGGACCAGAAAGUACUUUUACCCAAACUAGUAGAGUCAUUCGCGAAGGACUCGGGUUUGUGCUCUGCUGGUACCAUGGAGAUGAUCCAACAGUCUCUACCUGAAUCACUACAAAAGAGUGUUAAGAAAUGUAACCUUGCAAAAUCCCGGAAGAGCAUAGAAUGGAUUCCACACAACUUUUCUUUCCGAUAUCUCGUACCUAAGGAGCUUGUAAAAUAAGAAAAUAUGUUUGCUCUAUUAUGUAUUCUUUUGUACAAAGUUGACAGGGUAGCAGCAACAGCAAAAUA